GUGUUUUCCUCUCUACCCAGAAUCCAAGUUACUUGCUUUGUUAACCAUUGAACACUUCCUUAACCUAAUAAAAUGAGUAAAAACAACAUAAAGCUUCUUCACUAUGUAUGAUUAAUCAUCUAACGAACAAGGGGGGUUUCAUCUCGUUUCUCAGGCAGCAGCCAGGAGGUUGAAUAUAGAUCUGGAAAUAUUCAUCAAUCAUCAUCGAAGGUCGGUCAUGGAUAAAGAUGACCCCAAGAAGUUGCGUCCCACAGUUGGGUCCCUUACCAUCCCUCAAUUUAUCCUCCAAUGGUGUACUGACCAUAGAUUUGGGCACAGUUUAGGGGUAAAUAUAAUUUCUAGCCUCCCAUUUUACCACUUGAGAGAAGUCCUACCUAUCCUGAUCAACCAAGGGGAUGUAUAUCUCGUUGAACUGGCAAGACUUGUUCUAGAAUCCCAUAAAUCUCAAUUUUAUACAUUGGCAUUUAAUGCUAAUGAUAGGCCAAGAGGUCGUGACAUCUUAGAGUUGAGGGCAGAUCAUAGGGUCCAACUUAGUACUGGUUUGUUUCCUGAAACCUUGAAUUUGAAUUCUGUCGUUGGAACAUGUGCCGGAGUGACUUGUAUCCAUUCCAUUGUCUUCCCAGAAGCAGGGAGACUAUACUUCUACAAUCCAACUACAAAUGAAUGCCUCCGCUAUAAUCAAGUUCUCAACCUGACACCAAUGGAUCCGAUGUUUCUUCCUUUCUUUAGAAUACCUUUAGGGUUCGGAUAUAGUGCGAGGGGGAGACAAUUCAAAGUAUUUAGACUUGAUGCCAAUUUGAAUGAUGAAGAGGAAUGUAAUGCAUGGACAAUGGUUUUGACAGUUGGAACUAAUCAGUGGACUAGACAAAUAAUGCCCCCUUCUGUUAAGAGGUAUUUCUUUGGAGUUCAAGCCACUCACAGCAUCUUUCUUAAUGGGAAUCUUCACUGGUUAGGUACUAACUUUAGUCAUACAAAGACAAGAGUGAUUGUCUUCAACUUGGACCUAGAGAGGUAUAAAAUUGUGAAAGCUCCUUUGUUUUCUAAUCGCAUGUUCAGAGAUCUAGCUCUAACGACUAUAGAUGGAUACUUAUCCAUCAUAAGUUAUGACCGUCAUACAAAUCUGAAUGUAUGGCGGAUGACAAGAUAUGGAGACCCUUCAUCAUGGGAAUUCAGUUUCACUGUGCCCAUGUUUUCUCGUGUACAAGACCCCUUAUUUUAUAGUGCACGAAGUGGAAUCUUUGGUGGAGGGUUUCCAAGGACAAUGCUAUUUCGUUUUCAGAGACGAUGGUGGUUAUAUAGCUCAGCAAAUCAACAAAAUCGUGCUCGAAGGUUGAUGUGGCGCAACCUUGAUGAUACUAUUGGUGAUGGUGUUGUGACGAUGACUGGAUUUCAUCCUUCUUUGGUGUCACUUCACCAUAUUAUAAUAUCUCCUAUGCAUGCAAUAGCCGCGAGAACUUUAGGAGUACCAAACGAAAUUGAGGAUCAUCUGUUUGAAGGUAGCCUCCAAGAUGGAGGCGAAGAAGAUGGAAGAGAAGAGCCUGAACUGGUUCUUCAAGACGUGGAACACAAUGAUGAUGUGGUCGAAGUUGGAGAAGGCUAUGGGGAUGAAGAUGAGGACGACGCAGAGGAUGAAGAUGAAGAUGAGGAUGACGAAGAGAAUGAAGAUGAGGACGACGAAGAGGAUGAAGAUGAAGAUGAGGAUGACGAAGAGAAUGAAGAUGAGGAUGAGGAAGAGGAUGAAGAUGGAGAGGACGAAAAUGGAAACAACUUAGAUUAGUGUUCAUUGGUCCGAGAAGUACAUGUGGAUUUUGUUAUCAAGGAAAUUUUAGUUUUUAAGUGUGCAUCCAUAGCCCAAUCAAUCAUCAGAGUAUUUUGCAAAAAGUUGAAGGAACUUAGAUCUUCAAAGUAAAUUAGUCAAACUAGCAAAAAUCGGAAAUUAUGAGUGUUUUUGAUCCCUGUGAUUAGGGCUAGAGGGAUAUCGAGAGUGAUUUUGUAAUAUGCUUAUAGCAACGUUUAUUCACAUGUAUAUUGUUUACAUGAAGAUUGG